UGUAUUUCUGCUAUAAUUUAAUUGAUUAUGAUAUAAUCAUAAAUUUUUAUACUAACAUGUAUAAUAUCAGUAAAUUUAAUUAUUGCAGGAGAUGGAUUAUACUGGUAAAUAUAAUCAAAUAAAUGAUGGGUUUUCUUCACAGGAGACUAGCUAUAGUCCUUCAGAAAUAAAAAUAUCGUCAAAUGAUAAAAAUGAGCCAUUAAGAGAACAAGAUAGAUUUUUGCCAAUUGCUAAUAUAGCUAGGAUCAUGAAAAAGUCAAUACCUCCUUCUGGAAAAAUUGCUAAAGAUGCUAAGGAAUGUAUACAAGAAUGUGUUUCAGAAUUUUUAAGUUUCAUUACAAGCGAAGCUAGCGACAAAUGCCAACUUGAAAGACGCAAGACGAUAAAUGGCGACGAUAUUAUUUACGCCAUGGGCGUUUUGGGGUUCGAUCCAUACAUUGAGCCACUCAAAUUAUAUUUAUCUAAAUACAGAGAUAGCAUGAAGGCGGCCGAAAAAUCCAUGCAAUCUACCAAGUUGAAUUUCCAAAAUUUAGCCUCCGAACUCCUAAACAAAUCUUCCAAUUCCCCAGGACUUGAUCAGAAUAUGAUGACCUUAAACGCCUUAAACACCUACACCAGCAAUUUAAUAGGGUCCAAGGAUUUGGGCUUAUUCAGGGACCGAAUCAACAUUUCUCCGACUCAACCUAACGUGUUCAUCAUGCCUUACAAAUCGAACCGCUCAAAUAUUGUAGAAGAUAAUGUGACUUGCGAAAGCAAAGAUAAUUUGAUUCUCACCAAACUUUUGAAUUCCUAUAAAGGGGACGAUAACGACUCGGAUAAUUUCGACAUUUUAACCGACAACCAUGCUAUGGGGGGCGAUAACAAUAAUUAUUCCCAUCAGCAACUCAAGAUGGCCGAAUUGGGAACUCAAAUACUCAUGGAACAUAUCCAGUCGACCGAAAUCGAAAUUCAAGGAGGGGUGACAUCUAAUGAUUCCGCCAACCCUAGAUCCGAAGGAGAAAAUCUUAACGAUUCGAACCAGCUUCUGAUACAUUCCAGGGCGACUUCCAAUCAGAUAUCCAAUAUGGAAGUUGAACGGGAAUUGGAAUUCAAUGAGGGGCAUUUCACAAAUGUCAAUCAAGAUUUAUUUUCGAAUAACAACAACGAUAAUAAUUUCUCCAAUGGAAGCUUCAGAAUUAUACACGAACAAUCGUUACCUUCCAUCCUCCAGGUUAUUUCAUCUUCCUCUCACCCUCAACUGUCACAACUAGACCUCAGUCAAUCUGCGCACGAUACACUUCAUUGAAAAUAGGAAAUUUUUUCAUCAAGAUUAUAUAUGUAAAUUAUUAGAGAGUGGAUAUCUAGUGCAAUAAAAAGCAAAAUCGGUUAUUAAGAAUCAGGUGAUCCAGAACGAAAAAAAUAUUUACUUUUCUAUCUUAAAAAAAAUGAAACAGAUUUGAAAACAACAUUUCCAUAUUUUUUCCCUUAAAGUUUUUAAAUACUAUAUUUAUUUAUAAACAAUUCUGCAUCUCGAAAUCAACUAAAUUUACGGAACAUGUUAAUUAUUUUAUAAUUAUAUUAUAUCGCCAUUUU